UCACAUUUCUGCGUCGGCUUGCUAACGCACACAGCAGUCCGCGUUGGCGACCAAACAUGGCUCGAAAUGCAGAAAAGGCCAUGACGGCCUUGGCCAGAUUUCGCCAAGCCCAACUUGAAGAAGGAAAAGUGAAGGAAAGACGACCAUUUCUUGCUUCAGAAUGUAAUGAGUUACCUAAAGCAGAGAAGUGGCGACGGCAGAUCAUCAGUGAAAUUUCCAAGAAGGUAGCACAGAUUCAGAAUGCUGGUUUGGGGGAAUUUAAGAUCCGUGACCUGAACGAUGAGAUCAACAAGCUUCUCAGAGAGAAGGGCCACUGGGAGGUUCGAAUCAAGGAGCUGGGAGGACCUGACUAUGCGAGAGUAGGACCAAAGAUGCUUGACCAUGAGGGCAAAGAAGUGCCAGGAAACAGAGGUUACAAGUAUUUUGGUGCUGCAAAAGACCUGCCGGGUGUAAGAGAGCUAUUCGAAAAAGAGCCGGUCCCACCACCCAGAAAGACGCGGGCUGAGCUGAUGAAGGACAUUGAUGCUGAUUAUUAUGGCUACCGAGACGAGGAUGAUGGUGUUUUAGUGCCCUUGGAGCAAGAGUAUGAGAAGGAAGUAAUAGCAGAGGCCAUUGAGAAGUGGAAGGAGGAGAAAGAGGCACGUUUAGCCGGGGGUGGAGGAACCAAAGAGGUGGAAGAGGAGGAGGAGGAAUACAUAUACGCGAUCAAAGAUGAUGAGCAAUCUGAUGAUGAGAUGAGGGAACAGAUGGAGGGAGAAGACGGGGCACAAACAUUCAUUGCUCACGUGCCUGUGCCAUCACAGAAAGAGAUCGAAGAGGCCCUGGUCAGAAGAAAGAAGAUGGAGUUGCUGCAGAAGUAUGCCAGUGAGAGCUUAAUGGCGCAAAGUGAAGAAGCUAAAGCGCUACUUGGUUUGUAGCGUCCCCUCAUUAUAGUGGUAGUUCUUAGUAUUUGGCAACCUCACAAUAAGAGCCAUGCAGACUUAAUGACCUGGGAAUCCAUUUAUGGCUUAAUUCUGAGGUGUUACAAGGAACGAAGGGUGAACAUACAGAAUGGAAGUCAAAAAAUGGAACCGACCUGUCAUACACUUUUAAAAAGGAUGGUUCUUUUGUAAAGAAAAUGGUUCUGUAUAGAACCGUGAACACUCAAAGAACCGUCUGCAUGAUUAAGUGUUCUUUGCUUGAUUAAAGGGUUCUUUGCAUCAUGAAAUUGUUCUUCGGAUUAAUGGAGAUGUGUGGUAUAUGGUUCGAAAAAGGCUUUUAUAUAGCACCGGAAAGGGUUCUGCCAUUGUUACGAUACAAGCUUGUUACAAAAGAAAAACCCUUUUUGGUGCUAUAUAGAACCCUUUUCAAAAAGGUUCUGUAUAAAACCAUCUAGAGCACUUUAUCCAUCAAUCUA